AUGAAGAGCAUCCCGGACGCACUGCGCGCGCGAUUGGCCGAGCGCGGGAUCGAGGUCCCGAGCGCGGCGACGGGCGCGAGCGAUGGGACGCGACGGGCGACGCGCGAGGGCGAUCGCGCCGAGACGUCGAGGAAGACGUCGACGUCGGACGCAGAGGCGACGCUGCCGACGGGAUGGAAACAGAAAAUGGACGAGACGCAUAAGAGGGUGUAUUACUAUAACAAAGCGCUGAACAAGACGCAGUGGGAGCGACCGAGGGCGGAGGAGAAGAGAGCGCCGCCGCCGCCGCCGCGGCGGCGGGCGAUACGACCGACGAAGUCGACGGUACUACCGCCGGGAUGGCAUUCGACGAUCGAUCCGACGAGCGGACGGGAAUAUUACUUCAAUCCACACACGCAGAAAACGUCGUGGGAGCGACCGGUGGACGCGGCGUCGGCGGUGGGGAUGAAGCGGUGCGCGGGUUGUGGCGGUUUCGGACGCAACCUCGUCGAGUCGCACGGCUAUUGCGUGCACUGUUCGCGCGUGCUGCAGGUGUAUCCACCCGGUGUGAAUUCGCUUGACAUCGUCGAGAAUAAGUUCAUGACCAAGCGCGAGAAGGCGGCCGCGCCUCUGCCGCCAGCUCGAACGGUUGAAUCGAAAACGGUCUCGGUGGCCAAGCCGACGAGUGUGAAGACGAACGAAAUUGGACCGUCGGUGCACCGCGUGGCGGCUCAUAAUCCAGAACCAGCGCCGCAAGUGGUAAAGAAGAGAGCCCGAGCGCCCACGCUAUCGAAGAAAGAGGAGGAUACACUCGAUCCGAUGGAUCCCGCGGCGUACAGCGACGCGCCUCGCGGCGGUUGGGGCGCGGGCAUAGAGAAAUCUCGCGCCGCGGAAAAUAGCUGA